AUGAAUCUGAAUGCGACAUUAAAUUCAACUUAUAAAUUAACAGAGAAUGAAAUUGAUACUUAUGUUAGUAAUAUCAGUAAUGUUAAUUUAACAAUCAACACUAAUGAUUCAAUCAUUAUAGCGCAGCCAGUAAAUCAAGGAGGUAAUGUAAUCAUUUUAGGUGCUUCAUUCACACGUGGCAUCGGUGGCCAAAUUGUCAAUGGUGCAAAUACAAAUGAUAUAAUCAAUUCAAAAUUAUCAGCAGCAGCUAUUAUCAGCAACCAAUCUCUAACUGGUGCUACAUCUCUCAAUAUGCUCAUCAUUGAUAAACCUACAACAUAUGAAAAUAUAGAUAUUUCAACGAAUAAAAAACUUGCAUCAUCAGUUAUUGUUGUGGGAGUGCAAAGAAAUGACUCUAGACUACCCCCUACGAAUAUUUCUCUAUAUUUUCGAGUUUUAAAUGAAUAUCAACCAAAUCGUGUCGCCCAAUAUUUUUGUUCAUUUUAUAAUACAAUUACUUUGAAAUGGAAUGAAUCCGGUUGCACGGAACCUCAAUAUAAUUCAACAUUUAAUCGCUAUGAAUGUAGCUGCAAUCAUUUGUCUACUUUCGCUCUAUUAUGGGCACCAUAUGUCAUACCUUGUGGCAAUGCUACACACAUUUGUAAUCAUACAACUUCAUUUGCUCUUAUUUGGUUACCAAAAUUACCUCUCACACGUCAUCUCAAUGCACAAGACAUUGCAUCACUUAUAUUUCAAUCAAUUUCAAUUUUAUGUUUUAUAGCAAUUAUUAUUCAUGGAUUAACUGUUCGAAUUUUUGAUCCACUGGGAUCUAUACAAGCACGUCAUUUACUUCCAUUAAUAUCAUGUGCAGUAACAAUAAUUCUUUUUAUUUUUUAUAUUGCUUUAUCAAUGACAGUUUAUACAAAAACAACAUAUGACGAUGAAAAACAAUGUUUUACAAGUUCAAGUGUAUUGAUGUUUUUUGUUUAUUUCUUUUUAAUUUUUAUGUUUUGUGUCAAAACAAGUGUUGGAUAUUUUAAUUAUUUACGAUUUGUUCGUCUAUUUCCUGAACCAUCAUAUCGACUAUUAUAUAUAAUGCUUGUUAUUUCAUUUUUUAUUUCUAUUACAUGGGUAGCUUUUGCAGCUGGAUUUAAUUCUAAUUCAUCAUUUCAUAUUACUCAAUUAUAUCCAUAUAAACUUUGUUGGUUUACUCGUCCUGCUAUUUAUUAUUUUUUGACAAUACCUGUUGGUAUUUUUCUCUUAAUUAAUAUAUUUAUAUUUAUUCGUGUAGCUCAACGUAUAGUAAAUCAUGUUCUAUAUGCAAAUUCAACUCAUAAACCGUAUGAAAGAAUGAAAGGAUGUAUACUUGUUUUACUUUCAUCAUGUGCAACUCAAGGUAUUGGUUGGCUUCUUGGUCCAUUUUUGACAAUUGCUAAUGAAAAUACUGCCCAAGUUUUAGGAUGGUUUUUUAUUAUUUUUAAUGGAUUAGAAGGACUUUGGUGUAUUCUUUUAUAUAUCAUAAUUUGGUUACAACAUUGGGAUGAACGAAAACGUGUUAUGGCUUCGAAAGAACUAGCAAAAUCAAAGAGUUUAUCCUUUAGAAAACAUGAAAAACAUCGUAAACAAGAUUUAUAUCAUGAUUCAUUCACAGGAUUAUCAAUGGAUAAUGAAGAUUCUCGAAGACAAUCAUAUAUUUUCGAUGAUCUAUAUAAUUGGGAAAUUACCGAUGGAACAAGUACCUAUUGUUAA